AUAAAAUUUUCACAAUCAACAAGAGUGAAAAGCGUUUUUGCGAAAAUUUGCGAGUUUUUAGCUUUUCGCCAUUCCUAGAGAAUUCCCCGUUUGUCUGUUCAGUCUUCCUAUUGUAGCAGAAUAUCGGUUGUGUCAAAAGGGGUUCUGAAGGAAAUCAAAGAUCGCCAGUUUGAUUGAGCUGCAACACUUUGAUUACCAAGAAGUUUCACUUUCCUGGCGAAGUCGUCCUGAUAUACUUAAUUAGGUAUCUAGUUAGCCAUGAAGCGCGGUGCUGAUGGUGAUAUGGGAAGCCCACAGAAACGCUCAAGAAGGGCCGGCGAUGAAGAAGUUCGCUUACUUAUUCCCAGCAAGGUUGCCGGUUCAAUCAUAGGCAAGGGCGGCCAGAACAUCACAAAAUUGAGGAGCCAGUACAAAGCCUCGAUUACUGUCCCCGAUUGUCCGGGCCCUGAACGGCUAUUGAACCUUUCUUCGGACAUGGAUAGCGUCUGCAACAUUGUGAACGAUGUGAUCCCGAACUUGGAAGAGAAUGGAGCAACUAUCGGGAAGGAUAUUGACAUGAGAAUGAUGGUGCAUCAGAGCCAGGCCGGGUGCAUCAUUGGUAAAGGAGGAAGCAAGAUUAAGGAAAUCAGAGAGAAACUUGGCACCAAAAUCAAGAUUUUCUCGAAUCCGGCGCCCCAGAGCACGGACCGCGUCAUUCAAAUCAUCGGGGAGGCGGCCAAGUGUAUCGACACUUUACGCGAAGUGCUCACCUUAAUUAAGCAGAGCCCGAUUAAGGGGAUAAACAACCCUUAUGACCCGCAUAACUUUGACGAGUUCUACGCUAACGAGUAUGGCGGAUGGGGUGGUCAGCAGCAGGGAGGCGGCGGACGUGAUUUCGAUGACAGACGUGGAGGCGGCGGCGGAGGUCGUGGUGGACGUGAUGGACCAAGAGGUGGUCCACCGUCCAGAGGAGGCCCUCGUGGGGGCGGCCGAGACAAUUACAGGGGCGGAAAUGGAGGUCGUUUCGAUGACGGACCGAUGAAUAGAGGAGGCGGCGGAGGAGGAUUUGGAAAUAGAAACAGUUUUGAUAAUCGCGGAUCGGGUGGCCGCGACGGCGGCAGUAGCUUCGGUCCCACUAGCCGCCCGCCGCCCUUCGGAGAUCGUAGCAGCGUGGGCGGCGGUACCAGUUUCGGCGGCGGUUCGUCCCUCGGCAACGCCUUUGGUGGUGGCGGCGGCGGUGGACGACAAAAUGGCGGGCCCUUCGAAAGAAACGGUUGGACAGGCGGAAGCGACGGUCCGUUCAAUCAGCCGCCACCCUCGUUUGGCGGUCCGCCACCGUCUGGACCGCCGCCAACCGCUUCCGGACCGAUCGGUUUGAAUAGCGGAACCGGACCCGGUGGACUUACAUCGACGCAAGUCACCAUUCCUACGGAUCUCGCUGGCGCUAUAAUUGGCAAAGGCGGCGGCCGGAUCAGAAAGAUCAGAAACGACUCGGGCGCCGGUAUCACUAUUGACGAGCCCCUCGCCGGUUCGGAAGACAGAAUUAUUACCAUUUCGGGUACCCCCAACCAAAUCCAAAUGGCCCAAUAUUUGUUGCAACAAAGCGUCCACCAAAACGCGGAGAGAAAUUUCUAGGCAACCGUUGGAAUGCACCACGAUACUAAAAUAUAACGUAGAGCAGUAGUUUCAGGUCUCUUUAAUAUGCCACAACUGGUUUUAAUUUCUUUUUUUGUCUUUAUUGAAGGUUUUAUUUUAAUAUUCAUUGCCCACUUUUUUAUGAAGUGGCACUUAAACAGGCCUGCGUUUAAUGUACUUUAAUAUAAGAAACAUUCCACGAAACAUUUCUCUUUUACGGGCAUUACAUCAUCAUUUUGGAGUGCAUUUGUAAUAAUAACAAUAAUGACCGGGACGUAAUCCUUGAUAAAGUUGCUCUAUAAUCCCUAAUAUGAUUUGGCAUAAACAUUAUAUCUGUAUAUUUUUAUACAACCUUUAUUAUCGGUAACUUUGAUUUAAAAAAAAAACAAUAAAAAUAUAUAUACAUACAUGUCAAAA